UGAUAAAUAUUAAGUGUUAAAUGUAUCUGUUAAUUUAAUUAAAAUCUGCUCCAUUCGUUUGCACUUUCUGCAUUUUAAGUGCAUAUUAUAAGAAAGUAGAAAGGACAGGUUUAGUGCAUCUGAAGAAUUAAGGAUCGAUGUGCGCGCGCACACACACAAAAUAAUUUGCACGCUAUAGAAGUAGUGUGAUCUAUUAGUGAGGUUAUAUAUAACCUCUUAAAACCCAAAUUUGAUUAUCAUUUUGCAGCAUUAUUGUCAUUAUCAUCUUGCUCUUUUUGCAGCAUUAUUGUCCAAAUUAUUUUUAGUACUAAGGAUAUCACAAUAUGCAAGUGAUAGAAAAUUGUUCUGCUUCUUUGAGCAAUUACGAGGUGCUGAAUCUUCUGCAGAAAGUGGAACCCAAUGAGAAGAUGAACAAUUUAGCAACUAUUACUUAUCUAGCGAGCAAAUACUUGGAAGAUACACCGUGCAUAAAACAGAAUCCAGAAAAGAUCAGAAAAUUUUUACAGGAGAUAGGGUCCUUUAACUUAACCAAAUGCGAAAAGCUCACUCUUCUAAAUCUUUGUCCUACAACUCCACUUGAAAUACAAUUGAUUAUAGAAGACAGCGAGGACCGGCUGUCAGAUGAUGACGUCGAAGCUGUAUUACAGAUUAUUGCAAAUCUACGAGAAGAUGAGCAGCAAGAUACUAAACAAACCUAAUCUCUAGGCCUUGACAUAACUUAUUUAUAUUUUUAUGUACAUUUUUUAUUUAUAUAAUAAACACGAAUGGAAAUACCAUAAUAUUAAAUACAA